AUGGCAAUGCGAGCAGCGACGCCUUCGAGGGCCAUGCUGAGCGCACUCUCACGGACAAGCGUACCGGCAGCACAGCACCUCGCCCGGAGAGCGUUGCAUGCAUCGGCGAGAGCUCACUUGGCCGAGCACGUCGGGCCAACUCAGAUCACCUCAAAGGGCACCCGAUCCAACUCGCCACCGCAUUCUUCUGCAGUCAAUGCAGGCACGGCCGGUCAGACGCAGCACUGGGAGACCCCUGUGGCGUCGGAUGUAGAUUACAGCAAGGGUCCCUCUGCGCUCGACAAGGCCGCUCGAUUGUUCUUCUUUACCGAGAUUGCCAGAGGCAUGUGGGUCGUGCUUGAGCAGUUCUUCAGGCCGCCUUACACGAUCAUGUAUCCGUUCGAGAAGGGACCCAUGAGCCCCCGCUUCAGAGGCGAGCACGCACUACGACGCUACGCCACCGGAGAGGAGCGUUGCAUCGCUUGCAAGCUGUGCGAGGCUAUCUGUCCCGCCCAGGCCAUCACUAUCGAGAGCGAGACUCGCGAAGAUGGUGCGCGAAGGACGACACGAUACGACAUUGACAUGACCAAGUGUAUCUAUUGCGGGCAAGUCCUCUCCCGGUUAAGCAUGGCUUCGGCUCAUGUUGACUGGAUCUGUUCAUGCAGUUUCUGCCAAGAGGCUUGUCCGGUCGAUGCAAUCGUCGAGACCCAAAAUGUCGAAUAUACGACAGAGACACGCGAGGAGCUGCUCUACAACAAGGAAAAGCUGCUCGCCAAUGGCGAUCGACUCGAGGCAGAGAUCGCAGCAAACUUGCAAGCCGACGCGGUCUACCGUUGA